GAGAGACUUUUGAUGUGAAGUCGGCGAGACGGUUUCUCUCUCUCAUCUGUCUUACAGAAGAUCCCCGAUUUCGCGGUAAACGAGUUCCUCGGCCGCUCACUCUCGUUAAUCAAACUCUCAAGCUUGCCAGCCACACUCGCUCUUUUCGCUUCUCAUAGCUUCUUACUUGCACCUUUCUUUUUAAUAAAAUUUUCUUAUAGCUUUUCUUGAAAAUGAAGCCAGCAACGCUAGCGUGCCUUCUAGGGCCCAUGGGCAUCAUUGCCCGCCCCUGUGGCGGUGGUCGCCCUCAGUCAUCGUCUACGGUGUCCUCUAUCGCGGUCAGUGUUACCGCGACAUCUAGCCAGCCAGCCCCGACGUCUACGGUCCCGACGUCUACGAUCUCGACAUCUACAAUCCCGACGUCUGAGGUCCCGACAUCCGCGAUUCCGACGUCUGCGAUUCCGACUGCCACCUCCUCGGCGGUUCCCACUGUGGCUCCUUCAGCUCCAGCCUCGCCUAGCAAGUCUUCGAGCUCUUCCGCUAGUCCGUCUGCGACUCCGUCCUCCAGCCCGGGCAAUGGCGGUUCGUCUAACAGCAUCGACGCUCUCUACAGGGCCAAGGGCAAGCUCUACUACGGCACGGCCGCCGACUCGGGCACGCUGUCCAAGGCCCAGAAUGCUGCCGUUAUCAACGCCAACUUCGGCCAGCUGACCCCUGAGAACAGCAUGAAGUGGGACGCCAUCCAACCCACCCGUGGCGGCUUCAACUUCGCAGGUGCCGACGCGCUCGUCGAUUUCGCGGUAAAGAACGGCCACAGCGUGCGCGGCCACACUCUAUUGUGGUACCAGCAGCUCCCAAGCUAUGUCGAGGCGAUUACCGACGCCGCCGAGCUCCAGAGCGUUAUCGAGAACCACAUCAGCACCGUUGUCGGGAGGUACAAGGGAAAGAUUCGCGCUUGGGAUGUCGUUAACGAGAUCUUCGCCUCCGACGGCACUCUCCGUGACUGCGUGUUCACGCGAUUGCUGGGCGAGGACGUCGUCCGCAUCGCUUUUGAGGCGGCGCGUAAGGCGGACCCGGAUGCGGUUCUGUACAUCAACGACUUCCACCUAGAGAGCGCCACAUCUGCCAAGGUUACGAAGGGCAUGUUUGACCACGUGAGCAAGUGGCUCGCUGCCGGCGUCCCCAUCGACGGCAUCGGCAUCCAGGGCCACCUCGGCGGUGGCAACCCGACCGCCGCCGGCAUGCAGGCUGGUUUGGAGAAGCUCGCUCAGACUGGCGUCAAGGAGCUCGCCAUCACGGAGCUCGAUAUCGUGAACGCACCUGUCGAUGAGUACGUCAAGGUCACCAACGCCUGUCUCGCCGUCGAGUCUUGCGUUGGUAUCACCACGUGGGGUGUGAGCGAUGCCGACUCGUGGCUAUCUCAGCAGACGCCGCUGCUCUUUGACGCUAGCUACAAGCCGAAGGCCGCGUACACAGCCAUCGUUGAGGCGCUCUCGUAGACCUUCGACGCGACCCUCGAACGCGGGAAGGAGAGGUAGCUAGGGAGGACCGAACGUUCCGAAAGCUUUGCGCAUAGCUUUAAUCGUGCCCCUAACCGACGGGAGCCGUAUUUGGGUGGGCCGAUGGACCUGUAUUUAAUGCAUCAUGGUGAGAUUUCUCUGCCCUACGAUGGGAGAAAUGUGAUGAUACAUAAUAUGAUAAUUACGGUCACACAACCCCUCAACCCCUCUGCCAUAUAUUAAUAGUCAGCCUGUAAGAAGCAGGUCGUCCUUCGCGUAAAUGAUAACGUAAUCUACCCCUAUAUCACCGACUACAUCUGUAGUAGUUUUCCACAGUACGAUGUCCAUUAGACAUCGAUAGGCAUCACAAUCAAUUUCUGUAGUAGCAAAUUGGAAAAGUGAUCUAACCCCAAAUGAAACAUUUAUUUUCUAGACCGUGUUAGAGAUUCAAGUAGAAUUCUUAUAGUUCAGGACGUGAAAUUCAGCGUCCAAUAUAGAGUAGGGAGGUCCAAGGAGUCCUGUCGGCGAUAGGUACGAAACCCACCAGCCCCUGAAAGUCAA